CAUGCAUAUGUUGUUAAAAGCAAUUUAGCCUACCAACUUUUUGAAGAUGUGUAUUAGAGGAAGUACAUGUAGUCAACCCACGCUGAGACACAUAUAACAUAUAUACUAUGAAAGUGAUUUACCUUUAGAGAGACAGAUCUACAUGUUCAUCAGUACAAACAAACCCAAGUGCCUUACAUAUGGAUUUUUUUACCGUGUUUUUUCAUAUAAUUGAAUGUGAUUUGUUUCACAGGUAGCUUUCCCUCACCCCAGGUCUGAGAAUGAUGCUCCUCCGGUGCUUAGUUCUCUUUCUGACUCUUUUGAUUGGUCAGAUAAGCGGGUAUGGAAGCGGUGCACCAUCUUUUACCUGUUCCACUAAGAUGCCGAGCCAUGGAGCUCCGGCCCAGACCUCCCCGGCUACAGACUACCAGAUCACUACAAGUUCCAGCACCUACACACCUGGGGGAUCAAUAACAGUGACAAUUACAGCACUGAAUGGUAAGGUGUUUGUGGGAUACUUGAUGGUGGCCAAGGAUGAGGGGACUGGGGCUGACCUUGGCUCUUUCAGCAUCAUCAGUGGAGGAAAAGUCAUGUGUGGCACUACGAGGAACCAAGGGGUGACCCACACCAAUAAAGCUAGCAAGACAACAGAAUCCUUCACAUGGACAGCACCUUCCAAUGCUAAUGGAAACAUCAAGUUUGAGGCGACCAUAGUCCAGUCUUAUUCAAAAUACUGGUUGAAUGUACAUUCUGAUGUGGUAACCCUUGCAUCGGCAGCAGUCACCACAAAACCUACCACCACAUUCCCAGACACCACGAAGGCAGCUACCACCACUUCUGUGGCAACUGAUAAGAAUACAGUAUCCACUACUGUGUUGUCCCCAAAGCCAAUGACAACACCAUCAACAACAACAACAACUACCACUACACAGCCUCCAGCAACAGGGGCAGUAACAAUGGAUCACAGAUGUGGCGACACACGAGGCUGCUUUGUAAACUGUGAAGGGAACGAUUGCCAGUAUGUCGUCUCGUGGCAUUAUAGACCGGAGUAUGUCGACUUCUCCAUCACAAGGAAAGUAACUGGAGGAGGAAGUAAAUGGCUAGCUAUUGGGUUCUCAACUGACCCAAAAAUGGGAGAUGAUGACGUUCUACAUUGCCUCAGUGAUUCAGCUGGCCAUGUGACAGUGGCAAGGUCGUAUAACCAAGGGACCAGCAACCAGCCAAUAGCCAAUUCCCAAGAAGGCAUCUCCAGUGUGAUAGGAUCCUACAAUGAUGGAGUGUUCAGGUGUUCCUUCAGGUACUCACAGGUAAGACCUGACCCCGACAACCGGGUCAAGAGACAGGGCACCUCCCGACCAAUGAUAGACCUUCACCAACACCGCCACCUGAUGCUGGGGGAUGGGCCCGCUUUUGGAGACAUUCUUGCUAUGCAUAAAGAAAAUCCAUUGGUAACAGCAGAAAUGGUGAAUCUUCAGUCCACUGAUAUCAUAGGGGAUGUGGCAAGGUAUCCACUGGUCAAGGUUCAUGGUUGCCUGAUGAUCUUGGCUUGGAUUUUCUGUACCGGAGUUGGCCUGGUAUUUGCUCGGUUCUACAAACCUGUUUGGUCAAACCGAACUAUUCUCGGACUCAAAGUGUGGUUCCAGUUCCACAGAGGUCUAAUGGUAACAACACUGGUACUUACACUGGUGGGCUUCAUCAUCAUCUUUGUGGAGGCUAAUGGGUACAGCAAGAUUUCUGCACCAAUUGGCAAGGGUUACGUAGCGAGUCACCCAAUACUAGGAAUUAUUGUCACUGUUCUAACAGUUACAAAUCCCAUCAUGGCACUUUUUCGACCUGGGCCAAAAGAUAAAAAUCGCCCGAUCUUUAAUUGGGCCCACUGGGCUGUUGGCAUGGCGGCUCAUAUACUUGGAGUUAUCACGAUAUGUUUUGGUGUGGAGUUACAAAAAGUUGGCGCUCCUAAAUACACAGUGUAUGUUGUGAUAGGAUACAUUGUGUACCAUGUACUGAUGGAGAUUACACUCAAAAUCUACGACUUAUUUGCUGAAAGGCAAAAUUCAGCAAGAAUAGAACACAUGGAGAUGAAGAAUGGAAAUGGAGCCACACAGAAUGGAAAUUCAUUCCGCCCAGAAGAACCAAAACGAGAUCCCAAGGACAGCAUCAUAAAGAAGCUUCUUCUUGCUUUCCACGUUGCCAUUGCAUUUGCUUUCACCUUGACCCUGCUGUUAUUAGUGACCCAAUAUUGAUGGAAUUCAUGAACACUAGAUGAACAGUGAACACUCCAUUGAUCAAACUAAACAGUUAAUACAUUUUGGGAAAUCCUGACUACAGGCAGACCGAAGCUGAAGUGCAGAUCAAUUAGUGGCUGUUCUGAGAAUCUCCAAGUUUGUGACAGUGAGGCUAACCAACAUAAAAUGCCCUGUUAAUUUGUCACCCUUAUUCAGUGUGCCAAUCCACUUGUUUUUAUUUUAUGUACAUAUUAUCUACCAGUAAUACAAUGUCUGCUAUUUCUCUUUAAGGAGAAUAUUUUCAGCAAAAUUUUCUGCGUAAUAGAAAUGCAUUUUUGCCUGAAAUGAUAUUCACUUUCAGUUUGAGUGCAUAUUGGUAGCUAACAUUUUACAAGAUACAAACUGGGACAAUUCCAUUCAUAAAACCUUGUUUUGGAAUAUCAGUAUAAUUGCAUGCUGCUAGGGUCUGUUAGUGUAUUAUCUAUAGUAAAGAACUAGUAUGCACUUAUUUACUAGAAUUAAUAGUGCAUUUUAAAAAGAAAAGUAGAUGAAAUCAUCUCAAAAUAUGACACAAAUUUAGCAAUGUGGGGCAUGAAACUGAUAUGCACUACCAAAUGUACAAUAAUACCCUUAAUGUUCUAAACAUUCACUGCACAGUGAAUAUUUUCCAUGAUUACCUAAAAAACUGUGCUCAUUUUUCCAUUUUUUUUUCUACGGAGAUUGCAAAAUAUCAAAUGAUGGUGAUUACUUUUUGUGUUCAUUUGUUUAUUAUGAACUACUUUCCUGAAGUUCAUAAUUCAGAUUGCUACAUGUUCAUUUAUUUUGAAAAUUUAAAUCCUUAUCUCUAUGUUUUACCAUACAUAUACAAAAAUCAUUUAUUUAAAUGUACACUGAAUCUCCUACAUAUAAACCAAACAGUAUAAUGUAUAAUGUAAACAUGAUAAUGUAGUAAUUCAAGCAGGCUUCUUAUAAUACAGUCUUGUUAUGUGUUUGUUGAUUAGUUUCUUGUUUUAUUUAUAGAUUUAUUGAAUGUUUUUUUUGUAUCACAAUUUCAUGUUUAUCCCUUAUUGUGUUAUGAGAGGAAAUAAGGAAUAAACCAUAAUUCAGCUUGUUCAUGAUAUAAUGAUACAAUUGUGUAAGUAAUUCAUCUCAUGCUGAACAGGCUAUAUACCGGUAUCAAUGUACCACAUUUCAUAAAUGUAGUAAUGAUAUCACAUAAAAUUUGUCUGAAGUAAAAUUCUUAAAAUCAUACUUAGAUUAUAUUUGUAUUAGUAAUACCAGUGCAGGUAUAAAAUUAAUAAGUUCCUCAUUUUCUUUAAAUGCAUUUAAGUCAUAUUUUUUAUUGCUUUUAUACUUGCAUUAAUUUUAGUCAGUAGCAAUAGAGAAUCUCACUUAAACAUAAAAAUUUCAAUGUACAUACACAACCAAAGUCUUCUCAUUAUAUGUCUGUUCACAUCUGAGCACACUCACCAAGCAUUGUCAUGUGCAUUUGUUACUAAAAUAAAAAUGUGAUACUUAU